AUCGCGAGUGUGUAUUCGAUCCGGGAUACCAAGUUUCGUGGCAACCAUAGGGAUGGUUAACCGAUCAAGAACAAAGCCUCGUGACAGCAGAAUACUACACCAGUGAAACUUCGUCCAUUCGUUGUCCCGUUAGCCGAUGUAGAGGCUAUCGAAUCGACCCAAGAAAUCACGUUUCUUUCCACGUACCAGCCGCAAACACCAAAUCACACUACAAAAUUAACCUCGAACGAAAGAAAGAAUUUGAAAGAAUCUCUCAAACGAUAAUAAACGGGAAAGUGGAGGGAAGGUGGCAGAGGUCCCGGUGGUCCCGGGUUUGCCGGGAGAGAUCGUGAGAAUCCGCGGUGGCCCAGGAAAUUUUCAACGGCGUCGGCACUUGUAAGACACGCACGAAAAUGUUGGGUCGCGACAUCGAACACGGAACAGACGGCUCGAGGGACCGGCGUGAACGGUUUGCAUCGAGAGAUUAAAGAACAUCGAAUGGACGUGGGCGAUUUGUCGAGCUCGGCAGGAUUGGCUGGGAGCGGAUCCAUCCCUGUAGCAACGGGUGUUGGUGUCAUUACAAGUACGACAUCCGCCACCGCGGGGUGGUGGACGCCUACGUCGACGAUCGCCACGGCAGCGGCCAACACCGACGUGAUGAAUCAGCUCUGCAGGGUCUGCGGAGAGCCGGCCGCGGGUUUUCACUUCGGGGCCUUCACGUGCGAAGGUUGCAAGUCGUUCUUCGGGCGCACCUACAACAACCUGGGCAGCAUCUCCGAAUGCAAGAACGGUGGCGUGUGCGUGAUCAACAAGAAGAAUCGCACUGCGUGUAAAGCUUGCCGGUUGAGGAAGUGUCUGAUGGUGGGUAUGUCGAAGUCGGGCUCCCGCUACGGACGCCGCUCCAACUGGUUCAAAAUCCACUGCCUCCUCCAGGAACAGUCGCACCAGGCUCAAACGCGGCUCAUCAAAGACCCAAAGUCCGCGUACGAGAAGGCGUUCGGCUCGUUGGACGUGGCGAACAAUAACAAUAAUAACGAGAAUCCUGGUACAACGAGUGCCACUAGUGUCGUGGGUAUCGUUACGACGACGACCACCACCGCGAAUAGUUACCAUCACCACCAUCAUCAGCACCAUCAGGACAGGUUUCCAAAAAGAGACGACCUGAGGCCACAGGAUAUUCCUGCUCAAUUAAGGGCACCAGAUAUUCCAACAAGAGCCAGCCAGGAUCCUCUAUUGAGGCCGAUGGACUUGGUCAGGGCACCUCACGAAUUACUCAGGCCGGAAGUGUCCAGGUUUCCUAUGUGGAGAGGACCGCCAUUCUUUCAUCCAGCUCUUACACACAUGCAGCUAUUAAACACGCCAUUUUUCCCGUUUCAACAACGAUUCAUAGUCCCCUAUGUGAACCAGGUUGGCACACCACAAAUGGUAGCUAGCCUAACGAGUUCUUCGAGCGAUAGCGUGAGUCCUAGGUCGACACCGUCGCCUAAAAGGGACGAUGACAAUCGAAGUGCCCGUGACGAGUGCAGAGAAGUGGACGGAGGUUGUCAAAGGAGUCAAAUAGAAGCAUACGAUAAGAGUCUAGCGUUUCUGCGUUCUUUGGGUCCAGAGCAGGAAGAACCGAUCGACUUGAGUAUGAAGGCUGGCAAGAUGGACGGGCAAGAGGUGGAUGCGACUGGUAGCACGGAAGAGGAAAGGUCGACGGACAGCGAGGACAACGAGCUGCUACAGGACACGGGGCCGCCCCUCGAUCUCACUAGAAAGACGUGACCCUGCUCGGCCAGCUCGCGGACAGCUUUCGAUAGGAACUGGACUGGUUGGUGUUGAAUCGUCGCUCGAAGGCGUUGCUCGGAGAGCUGCCAGCCUCUUUCGCGCACAGAGACUCAUAUUGUUGCCCUUUCGCGGGGAUGAGGAGAUGACUUACGACGUUUGUUGGAGAUCUUGGGGAGAGUAAAGAUCUUGCGAAGAACGUGGAAGGAAAACGCUUUUCGUCGAAUAGGGACGAGACGAAACGAAGAUGGAGAAGGCGUUGAAGGAGUGGUAAAAGAUCAGAGAAUCGAGUGAAAUAAUGGGAAAAUAGCGGCGUGGAUGUAAAGGAAAGAUAUCUGGUAUGAGAAACUAUAAGAUGGAAAGGGUGAAAUAACGGAUGGACAUCGACAGUAGGAAAAGUACGGAAGAGCGGACGUCACCAGCCUUACAUUGCACGAAUGACUUUACGAUCAGCGAUCGGGUCGACGUAAAAUUGCUCAAGCCCUCGGUAUUAGCCGACAGACAUACACGGUCCCUCUGGUCGGCUACAGCUUCGCCAGGUGUUCGUUGACGAAGUAGCCGAAGAUCGGCUCGAUACAUCCUUACAACGAGACAGACGAUUGUGCCUUAACCGGUGCCUUUUAGCUCUCAUACAUGUUCGAGUGCACGAGAGGGAGAAUAUGUGUGUGUGUGUGUGUGUGUGUGUGUGUGUGUGUGUGUGUGUGUGUGUGUGUGUGUGUGAGUGUGAGAGAGAGAGUGCCAGUAAAAACCACGUGAUAGUUUAACGUUAAAUAAUAACCGCGCUAACGUACGCGUGUAACGAGUUCGUACGCAGGUACGGACACAUGUAUGUAUUAUAUAUUAUGUCUGUGCGUGUGAUGCGUUCGAUAUUUUUGUUCUUUCGUGUAAACGCGUUUGCAAAACCGCGAAGUAAGCGAGAGUGUUCGAGAGACACACGAAAGCUCCGUUUCUAUCUCUCGACGCUCGGGAAUGGCCAGUGUUUCGUUAAGUCGCAUCGAGAUUUCUUUUAUUUAUGUCGAGCCUUAUUUAACGCGAUUUUAAUUACUUGUUAGUCUGUCAGUCUCACGAAUAAGUCGGUGUGCACAUCUUUUCUCCUGGAAUGUUCUGACAUUCCGCAACGGUCUGUGUUUUAAUUUUCACGUUAGAAGAUCGUAACUCGUUAUGGAGACUACAAUGUGAAUUGCAGAUGUCGAUGAAAAAUAAAAAGUCACGAAGUUAAAGAAAAGAAUGGGUGAUGAGGAUUAGACGAUAGGCGUACAAACACUCGGUAGUGUUCGACGAAAAAAUACAAAAUAAAAUAAAGAAUAUUGUAUAACCAAUA